AUGGCUUUGCAUCAUCCUAAUUUUGAAAAUUUGGCGGGAGACUUGAUCUCAUCAUUAACGGGAAUCCAGCCCAAGACUGAAAACUGGACGAUUGCUUACAACUUUGUAUUAUCAAAUUUCAGAUUUCAUCGAUUCUUAGAUGUUAAUAGCCAUCAAGUAGAGAGGAGUGUAGAAGGAGCGAUUUCCACUAUUCCAUCAUAUGGUUACUACUCAAUAGUGCCAAUAACCCUACACUGGAUCGUGAAACCAUCUUAUUACGCCAGCAAGGUAAACGAUGACGCAACUGUAAGAUUUUCAGACGAAGUUGAUAAGGAUAAGAUAAACUCUGAAGCGCAAGAGACGUCUCAGUCAGCAGUAGCUGAGAGGCUAAAUUUGCUGGAUAAUGUAACAUCACAAUUAGUACAAGCUUACUGGAAUUGCACACCAGAUCCUAAGCAAAUCCGCAACCGUAUCAAAACCUCUCACUGUCGAGACUGUACUCUAGCUUUCGAAUGGGAUGAAUAUAUUGCUAGUAAAUUGCAAUUAUAUCGACCUCAUACGAAAGUCGUUGUGACGGAAUACCAGGUCGUCAGAGAAACACUUUGGAUGCUUCGUGGUGUGAGAAAAUUGUUUGUAUAUAAAUUUUGCGAUGGCUACUUUGACGUAAACCCGGAUAUGGAAGUUAGCCAUUUAACUCCUGUUAGCUUAAUUAAUAUUUUACGGCAUUUCGCGAAAAUAGCAAAUAUUAGAGCAAAAGUAUCGAAUUUUAUUGAAUCUAUUACAAUGAAACGUGAUAAAAAUCUCAAUUUAACUUAUCACGCAUUUGCUGCAACUCUGACCGAGUUUUUAAAGAAAGAAGGAUUCUUAAUCAAGAUUCAUACACUUAACGCUUUAUUCGAGGAGGGCCUUGAUAUAUCUAACAAAGAAGAUAGCGGCGUAUCACAAAUAUCUCCGUCCAAUGCACUGGUCAGCUUACUCUUGCCUAUAAUACACGAUACUGUUAGACCGUAUAUAAAAAUUAUAGAAAAGUGGAUUACAACUGGUGAAUUAAAUGAUCCAACAGAAGAAUUUUUCAUAGUCAGAGAUCGUGCCGUUAAAGUUAAUGAUGCGAAAUUUUGGUUCACAGCAUUGAGUGUAAGAUCAGACAGUAACUCUGGAGAUUCAAGUUUUUCAGAGAAUUGGGUACCUGCCUUUUUACAAAAUAUUGUAAACCAGAUGUUACUGAUGGGCAAAUCAACUGAACUUAUUUACGCUAUCAUUCAUGCUGGUAUGUUAUCAAGUAACAGAAAAUCGCGAUUUUUAAAAGCUAUCGAAAGCGAAUCUCUAUACAGUUUAUUUUCUAAAACUAUUAAGAAAGAAUUGAUAGUAACCUCAGAUCGACAAAAGGAUGAAAUUAAUUCAUCAGAUAAUAAUGCUGUCUGCGUCUGGAAUUCUUUGCAAACAAAUGAUAUUUUAAGGACAGUUGAGUCUAACAAUCUUUUAGAACUGAACUUCUACGAAACUCUUAAUGUUCGUCUUCCUCAGAGAAACUUAGGAAAUUCCAGUGCUAAUUUUGGAUCCGCCUUUAAUUGGGAAAUUUCAAGUGAUUCGAAAUUACUCCAUGAACCCUUUGAGAAGCUAUUUCAUAGGUGCCUGGUUUCUCAUAUAAGUUCGAGAUAUAAAGUGGCUUGUCGACAUUUACUAGAUAUUUUAAGAGAUGAUUGUAAGCUAUUUUCACAUUUAGAAAAUAUAAGGAUCCAAAAGGGAAAUGACUGGAAAGAUGUCUCGUACCUUGAUACUAUUCUAAAUGAGGCAGUACAAGUUAUUCCAUCCAAGCAAUCAUUUUCUCUAUUAACAAUUAAAAUAAACCAUAGCGAGAAGCCAUCGUUGGCAAUAGAAACAUUGAGUUGUCUAGAUUUACAAUAUGAGGUUGCGUGGCCUCUAGAUAUUGUUAUCGAUUCGUUUGCCAUGGAUUACUACAACAAAAUUUUCAGAUUUUUACUGCAAAUAAAAUGGGCUUUAUGGCAGCUUGAAGAUUUGAGCUUUGGCGACCUCGUCCGGCCUAACCUUGACGAAUCUGAUAUUGAAGCUGAGGAAAAAUCAUCAGAUUAUUUAACACCUUCCGACGACAUAGAAAAAUCAUCCUUAUUGCACCAAAUGCAUAUUUUGCGAUUUAAAUUAAUUCACUUUGUUAAUGCUCUACAUCAGUAUAUGAUGUCAAAGGUACUUUACAGCAGCGGAAUUGAAUUCCAAGAUCGACUAGAGAAAGCUUCAGACUUGGACGAAAUUAUCGAAAUUCACAAACGUUACAUUAAAACUCUACAUGAUAGAUGUUUGCUCACCGAUAGGGUUAGGAUAGUCAGAGAAACUAUAGCUAAAAUAUUGAAUAUUGCUAUCAUGUUUUGUCGUCAAUGGGAUAAGGGAAUAGCUGAUAUCAGGCAAGACGAGAGAUUUAUUUUAUCUCGCAGUUUUAAUUACAAUUAUUGA